AUGAUCCUUGGAGCUUGGAAUAUCAGGGGUCUGAAUCACCCCGCUAAGCAAUGGGAGGCUCGCUCCUUUAUUAGUCAGCAUCGUCUUGGUUUUUGUGCUCUUCUUGAGACCCGAGUCCAACUUAAUCGCUCUCAGGAGAUUGCCCGUAAUAUUAUGCAUCGCUGGUCUUGGUCUAUGAACUAUGAGUAUAGCUCCCAGGGUCGUAUUUGGUUUGGGUUUGAUCCAGGUAUAGUUUCUGUGUCGGUCCUAGACGGCUCAGACCAGUUUCUUCAUCUUUUGUGUACUAGGAUUGUGGAUCGUAAAGAGUUUUUUGUCUCUUGCAUCUAUGCCAGUUAUGAUGAGUCUGACCAGUCUCAAUUAUGGCAUCGUCUUCUCUCCCUUGUGCCUAGUAUUAAUCUUUCCCCGUGGGUCCUCAUGGGGGAUUUUAAUGUCUGUAAGCAUCAGUUAGAGUCCCGGGGUGGUAAUUUGGCUCGUUCCGUUGGUAUGACGCGAUUUGCCGACUUCCUUAAUCGGGCGUCUCUUCAAGAUCUCUCUUUUAGUGGCCCACUCCUAACUUGGAGUAACAGGCGAGCUGGCUCCGAUAGUAUCUUUCGCAAGCUUGAUCGUGUUCUUGUUAAUGAUGGGUGGCUGGCGCAUUUUGACUAUAGCUCAGCCUCUUUCCUUCUCCCAGGUAUCUCUGAUCAUAGCCCUAUGAUAGUCUCUUUGCAGAAUAAUCAGGACAGGAGAGGUGGCCCCUUCCGUUUUAAUAAUCACCUAGUUGACCACCCUUCUUUUGCUCAGACUGUUCAAUCUGGAUGGGCUUUGGAGGUGGAUGGUUGGCCUAUGUUUCGUCUUGUUUCCAAGCUCAAGGCUGUCAAGCAAGGGAUGAAGCUUCUCAACUCCCAGCAAGGUCAUGUGACUUCGCGGGUGUUGGGCCUUAGGGACAAGCUUCAUGAGAUCCAGGGGCUUCUUAUUUCCUCCCCUUCAGAUGCUUCCCUCCGUGCUCGUGAGUGUGCUCUUGCCCAUUCUUAUCAGGAAGCGCUCUCUCAAGAAAGUGACUUCUUUCGUCUCCGAGCUCGUAUUCGGUGGAGUGGGGAAGGGGACCGAUGUUCUCGGUUCUUUUUCCAACAAAUGCUUUCUAACCGCAACCUUCUCCAUAUUCAUAGCCUGAUCCGUCCUGAUGGCUCCUAUACGACCUCUGAAUCGGAGGUGCCUCAGGUCCUUCUUUCUCAUUUUAGUGACCUCCUCGGGUCCCAUGCUAGAGAGACUCAUGUUAGCAAUGAGUCGUUGGAUAUGUAUGUGGAUAGGGCUAUCUCUUCUGAGGUCUGGCCCGAUCUUCUAAAAGAUGUGUCGAGUGAGGAGAUCCGGUCCACCCUGUUCUCGAUGGGGGAUGAUAAAGCCCCUGGUCCUGAUGGCUUCACUGUUAAGUUUUUUCGGCAUGCCUGGGACAUUGUUGGGGCGGAUUUUAUCGCGGCUGUGUCUAUUUUUUUCAUUCAGCUUGUUGAUGUCUCCCAGACUGCCUUUGUGCCGGGUCGUUCUAUUGGUGAUAAUAUCCUCAUGGCGCAGGAGUUAUUGCAUCGGUACCAUAUCCCGAAGGGUCCCGAUAGAUGUGCUCUUAAGAUCAAGGCCUGUGUGACCACGGCCCGUUUUUCUGUUAAGGUCAAUGGGAGGCUUCAUGGUUUUUUCCCUGGGGGUCGGGGCCUCAGGCAGGGGGACCCUCUCUCCCCUUAUCUUUUUGUCCUGGUCAUGCAGGUUCUUCAUGGUAUUGUUGCCUACCACUCUCACGCAGACGAUUUUCGAUUCCAUUGGAAGUGUGAUAGGCUUGACAUUGCCAUGCUCUCGUUUGCUGAUGACCUCAUGCUUUUUUCCAACGGGGACCAAGACUCUGUUCGCAUCCUUAAGCAAUGCCUUGAUCGCUUUGCUGACAUGUCGGGGUUAGCAGCUAAUCCCACAAAGAGUUUCUGUUUUGUUUGUUGUGGAGACCCUGACCUUUCUGCCGCCCUAGUUCGGGAAUCAGGCUUUAGGAAAGGUUCUCUCCCUAUUUGUUAUCUUGGGAUUCCGCUCAUCUCGAAGCAGCUCACCUAUAAUGAUUGUCGUCCUAUCUUGGACAGGGUUCGUUCUAAAGUUGUCUCUUGGAGGGGUCGUCUCCUCUCCUUUGCUGGUCGCCUCCAACUUGUUCAGUCGGUCUUGUCUACCAUCCAUGUCUAUUGGGCUUCAAUUUUCGUGCUCCCCAAGAAGGUCCUUAAGGAGGUGGAAAGAGUUUCGUGUGCUUUCUUGUGGGAUGGUCCGGAGUUGUCCCCUUUCAAGGCUAAGGUUGCUUGGGCAGAUAUUUGUUUCCCGAAAGACCAAGGGGGCCUUGGUUUGCGUCCUCUCUACACUUGGAACCAAGCUCUUGCUGCUAAAUUAAUUUGGCGGCUCAUGCAAGCUUCUUCUGAAUCCCUGUGGAUUCGCUGGAUCCACUCGUAUAGGAUUAGGGAUUCUUGUUUCUGGCUCCUUACGCCGCCUUAUUCUUGUCCUUGGUAUUGGCGUAGGGUUCUCAACCUCAGAGUGGCCGUUAGGCCGCUUCUUAGAUGGAAAAUUGGUAAUGGUCAUCGUGUUUUUCUCUGGCAUGACCAAUGGCAUCCUUUCGGUGUGCUGGUUGAAUUCUUCUCUCGUUCUGUGCCUAGACGGGCGGGUCUCCCAUCUACUGCUAGGGUUUCCUCUGUUAUCUCUCAAGGGGGUUGGUCUUGGCCCCAUGUGGCGCUCUCGAGGGAAGCCCAGCUUAUUUUGGAGGCUUCGCCUUGUCUUCCUCGCUCUCCUGGCCCUGACCUCCCUUGGUGGGUCCCGGCGCCUGAUGGCUGUUUCUCGGCCCGUUCUGCUAUGGAUGCUCUCAGAUGCAGGAGAGCUCGAGUCCCUUGGGGUCGUUUGGUUUGGCACUCGUCCGGAGUCCCGUCCUAUGCUUUUAUCCUUUGGUGCGCGAUGGAGCGCCAUAGCCAUUUAUUCUUUAGCUGUGUUUAUUCUAGACAGGUGCUGCAGCAGCUGAGAUGUCAUGUGAAGUUUGCCUGGCCCUGGAGGAGUUGGGAGCGUGGUGUUUCUUGGGCUGCUCUCCGUUGGCGUGGCAGAUCCCCGUGGGUGGUGGCUCACCGGCUCACUCUUCAGGCUGCUGUGUAUCUUAUUUGGCGGGAGCGUAACCACCGGUGUUUUCGGGACAGUGAGUGGCCUUCGGCCCAGCUUGCGUACCAGAUUCAGCAAGCGGUUUGGGUGAGGUCUUUGAAGCAGGCCUAUGGCACUUUGCCCAACAGCCUUUGUUCCUUCAAUGCUGGGAGCUAUAUCAUGAAUUACAAGUUUAGUUCCCAGGGUCGUAUUUGGAUUGGAUUUGAUCCUAGUGUUGUUUCUGUGUCGGUUCUUGGCGGCUUUGACCAGUUCCUUCAUCUUUUGUGUACUAGGCUUGUGGAUCGUAAAGAGUGUUUUGUAUCUUGUAUCUAUCCUAGUUAUGAUAAGCCUAACCAGUCUCGGUUAUGGCAUCGUCUUCUCUCCCUGGUGCCUGGUAUUAAUCUCUCCCCGUGGGUCCUCAUAAGGGAUUUUAAUGUCUGCAAGCAUCAACGUGCUUGCUCUGAUAGUAUCUUUCGCAAGCUUGAUUGUGUUCUUGUUAAUGAUGGGUGGCUGGCUCAUUUUGAUUAUAGCUCAGCCUCUUUUCUCCUGCCUGGUAUCUCUGAUCAUAGCCCUAUGACAAUAAUUCAAUCUGGUUGGGCUUUAGAGGUGGAUGGCUGGCCUAUGUUUUGUCUCGUUUCCAAGCUCAAGGCUGUCAAACAUGGGAUCAAGCUCCUCAAUUCCCAGCAAGGUCAUGUGACUUCGUGGGUGUUGGGCCUUAGGGACAAGCUUUAUGAGGUCCAGGGGAUUCUUAUCUCCUCCCCUUCUAACGCUUCCCUUCGUGCCCAUGAAUGUGCUCUUGCCCUUUCUUAUUUGGAAGCACUCUCUCAAGAAAGUGACUUCUUUCGUCUCCGAGCCCGUAUUCACUAG